CAGCUCUUCAACGGUUAAAGACGUUGCUAGAUCUCAAGAUCACACUGGAGGUGAUUUCGUGAGCCCUCGCGAUUUUAUCCUAGCGUCUUGCAAGGAUGAAGACACGGCGCCGAAGAUCAACUUUGCCUCACUCCUUUCGAGACAAGGUUGGACGGACAUGCUCAACUCUCUGAUUCCAUCCGCGCCGCCAAGAAAUAGCGACAGCGUGGGUCCCGCUACUGAAGAUUUAUUUGCGACUCCAAAUCCAAUGUCGAGAUCCAGAAAUUCUAGACCGUCUACGGCUCGCCGCCUUUCUAAGACAACUUCUACACGAGGAGGACAAUCUUCUUCGUCGUUCCCUGCUCGUCGUGAUUGCAAAAAAGCUCCCUCAAGCACCAGUAGGCAUUCUGCUUCUGCUGCUCCGCCUCGUAGAAAGUCUCUUGUAUCGCCUGUGCUCCCUAUGCCGCCACGCACGACAGAUAGUACUCAGGCAGCCUCACAGGAGCGUGGCAAUCCGAGAAGUACUGAAACCUUGC